GGCUGGCUAGGCUCAGGGAAAACACACAGCUGACAAAACAAAAAGAUAGCUCGAAAAGUCUGCAAAGAAGCUCUGGAUUUCAUGCGGUUUUAUACUUUCAUACAGAGACGUGUUUUUUUUAAGUAAUUGAAGUUUCUACUGUCCAGACUAUACUAUCUUAAGAAUUUUUGCAUACCAGCCAAAACUGCAACUAAACAACUAAACAAGUUGAAUGGAGCCAGUAUCUGAGCAGUCAGGCUUGCAGACACCCACGCCAGAGAAUACUGUGGUUAAUGUGGGGGCCGAGGGUGCUGAUAUCGGCCUGGGAGUGAGUGGGACUGUCCCUCACCAGGAGAGCUCAGUACCCACGGAGCUGGAGGAGGACGGGGCUACUAGAGUCAUCAGUCUUACUGCCCCUGCUAGUGCUGAGGAGAAGGGACCAACCAGUGACACCAUGAUGUCCAUGCUGCCUCCCUCACAACCAGCACUGGCUCCACAAGUCAUCACUGGGUCCCUACCACUCAUCAGCAACCAUGGUGGACCAGCCAAGAGCUUCAAACACACACCAUCUCAUUCUGGUCGGCCAUUGUCUGCCUCCAGUCACAACCCACGCUCUCCUGGUGACACAUCAUCACCAAGACCACCCAAUAAUGUCUACUAUCGCUACAUCCCAGUGCAUAUUGCUCCAAACCCCACCAGUCAGCCAGUUUACUACCAGCAACAACAAGCAGCCACUGCGCCUCCAAUGACACGCCCACACCAUCAGCAGCCCGGGAUGAAUGGCUCUGAAACCCUCUCCUCCACCAACCUCUAUAUCCGUGGCCUCUCUCGCGUCUGCUCUGAUGAGGACCUACUACAGCUCUGCAAAGGGUUUGGGCGGAUCAUUUCGACCAAAUCUAUUUUGGACAAGAACACUAGCCUGUGUAAAGGUUAUGGGUUCGUGGACUUUGAGAGCCCGGGUGAUGCUAUGAGAGCAUGUCAGUCGCUGCAGACACAAGGAAUCAUCGUACAGUUUGCUAAGGUCCCUCAGCAAGACCAAGAUCCUACUAACCUCUACAUGUCUAAUCUGCCUCCUGACUUCGAAGAACCAAUGAUUGAUAACCUGCUGUCUCCAUAUGGGAAGAUAGUGUCUACUCGGAUACUCAGGGACUCCACUAUGAACAGCAGGGGGGUGGGGUUUGCACGAAUGGAGACCAAGGAAUCAUGUGACAAGGUCAUCGAGAUGCUCAACGGUGUUAUGUUACCAGGCAGUAAAGAACCUCUCAUGAUCAAGUUUGCUGACUCGAGUAACAAGAAGAAGCAAUCUCAAAAUCGGUGGAGAGAUGUUCAACAGCAGCAGCAGCAAUAUGUGUACGAGCCAGCGCAAGUCAUCUCACAGCCAGGUUUGGUGGGUUCUAGAGGAUUGGUACCUACUGGAGUACUAGCAGCCGCCCCAUACGUGCAAUCACCUCCUCAAGCUAUGCAGAGUUAUCAGGUUCCUGUCUCAAACAUCUCCGGAGGUUGGUCACCAGCGGCAACCUACUUCGUCCAUCCAUCUGGGUCCAGUGAGGCUGGUGUCCAUGCUAUGAAUGCCGGGAUGGGAGGACUACAGAUUGCCUCCACCACUGGGUAUGUCCCCUCUAAUCAAUACCACUAUGCUGCCAACCAAGCUGGGGCAGCCACCUACGCUCAACCCACCUAUGCUGCACAACCAACCCCUGGCUCCUGGACCAUUGCUAAUGCUCCUUAUGUCCAACAAGACCAUACCGGAGCCACUGCUGUUGUCGACCAGUCGGGUAACUUUGGCGACAAGCACACGGUCCAGGUAAUUGAAGGAUCUCCUCAUCCUGAGGAAAAAAAUGGACAUCACUACUACCCUGCCAGCACUUGGUCUGGGAAAUGACAUCUCUAUGGCUGCGGCCCAGACACCAGCUCCAAUCUAUAGUACUGUAAUUGCAACCCUCCAGUAAAACAUGUGUUUUAAUAACAUUUUUUUGUUUGUAAGGUUUUAAUAUAGUGUCUCUGUAACUAGCUACUGGCGUAACAAAGGACAUACAGGCAUUAACUCUAGUCUCCCUCCCACUCCAUACAGGCAUUAACUCUAGUCUCCCUCCACUCCAUACAUGCUCACAUUGUGUUGUUUCUGUUGUGUUGUCUUGUUCUGUGUGUGUGUGUCAACUUGUGAAACUAAGUUGAAAAUUGAUCUAAUACGCAUGCGCAAUAAUAAUUAAAGCUUAAGGGCGGGGUCAAUCGGGUAUGUACUAUUAAUUCUGCUGAAUCAGCAGUGCUUAAUUGGCCAAUCAAGUUACUUGUUCGCUAGUCCGGGAAACUUAAUUUGCAAUCUCAAAGCCACACUGUUCUAAAGCUUAUUCUGAUCUGUCUGAGGCUCUUCUAUGACUAGAGAUGUCUCAGCAAGUAGCAUACAAGGAGAACGGGAGGACACUGCCCAGCAGAGCUGUUAAGAGAAGCCGUCUACCUGUGCGAGUGAUUAGACCCCCCCUGAAGGAGGUACAUAACAUGGAGACCCCCUCUACUAGUACUACACCCCUUGUCCUGCCCCCCUCUGUUGUACGAGAUGUACCAAACUUUACGCAGUUACACAAACAAUGGGAGAAGAAAUUACAAAAAGCAAAGUUGGAGAGACACAAUAAUAUUAUAGCAUCAAGUACAAAGCUGUCACACAAUCGGCCACUCACUAAGAAGUGUCCACCAUCAACCACCGCUAACAGCAGAGCUGAGAUGAUGGAUACACUACUCUCUCGUAUGGCUAUCAGCACAAGCAAUACUAUCAGACAAUUGAGUAUGAUUGAGAACACAGACUGCGCCCCUGUCAAGAUCAACCUGGAUCAACAAUUCACUGAAACACUCGAAUCUCCUCCAAAAAUUAAAGUGCUCAGCUACACAGCUAAUGAAGAUAUUAGAGCAGUUUAUAACUAUUAUGAGACCGAGCCUGAACUGUGUCAAGCAUGGCGGACUAGGGCAGCCUUCAGUGGGAUACCCGGCCCAUCUGGACGAAGAAACCCAGUCGGACACACACUAGAUACUAUGUAUUUCAUUCCCAUUUCAAAUGUAACUCAUUAGCUAAUGUUGUGAUCACCUGACCCCUUGUUCUGUGUAUAAUUACAUGUAUGUAUUAUUGCUCUGAAAUGUUGAAAUUAUCAUUAACAUUCUACUGGA